AAAUUAUUUCGCACGUGUUUCAAAUUUUCUGUUUGAUCCAGCCAGAAAAAUUGCUGAUAAAAGGCAAUUUAUUCAUUGAAAACAAGAAAUAAUGGGUAAGAAGAAUGACGACAUUGACUUACCCGGCUUCCCAUCGCUCGAUAGCGGUGGUGGUGGCGAUGGUGAUACACAGAGUAAAAGUACAGGCAAAUCUAAGAAAAGUGGUGGUUUCCAAUCAAUGGGACUCUCGUUCGGCGUUAUUAAGGGCAUAACAAAGCGUGGUUAUAAAAUUCCAACACCUAUUCAACGGAAGACCAUACCCUUGAUAUUGGAAGGACGCGAUGUCGUCGCUAUGGCUAAGACUGGUUCUGGCAAAACUGCUUGCUUUCUAAUACCCAUGUUUGAGAAAUUAAAAUGCCGUGAACCCACCAAAGGCGCGCGGGCAUUGAUUUUGUCGCCAACACGCGAAUUGGCUGUUCAAACAUAUAAGUUUAUAAAAGAAUUGGGACGUUUUAUGGAUUUGAAAACAAUUUUAGUACUUGGUGGUGAUUCCAUGGAUUCACAAUUCUCCGCAAUACACACAUGUCCGGAUAUAAUAGUCGCCACUCCUGGUCGUUUUCUGCAUUUGUGUGUUGAAAUGGACUUAAAGUUGAAUUCAAUAGAAUAUGUUGUGUUUGAUGAAGCUGAUCGUUUGUUUGAAAUGGGUUUUGGAGAGCAAUUGAAUGAAACCCUACAUCGUUUGCCUGCGGCCAGACAAACGGUACUCUUUUCCGCAACACUUCCCAAGCUUUUAGUGAACUUUGCGCGUGCUGGUCUAAACGAUCCAAUACUACUGCGUUUAGAUGUCGAGUCUAAGUUGCCCGAUGGUUUAAUGCUUAAAUUCCUCUACUGUCGUCCCGACGAACGGUAUACCGCUUUGAUAGUGCUGCUCAAAUAUGUCAUACCACAAGACUCGCAAACAGUGGUGUUCGCAGGCACACAACAUCACGUUGAAUUGAUAUGCUAUAUACUCACAAAAUGCGGCAUUUCCAACACGGCGGUAUAUUCCAGUUUAGAUCCUACGGCACGUAAAAUCAAUACGGCGAAAUUUGUUAAUAAAAAAGUUUCAGUGCUUACUGUAACCGAUGUGGCGGCACGAGGUAUUGAUAUACCAAGUUUGGACUAUGUGGUAAAUUUACAUUUUCCUGGAAAACCAAAACUGUUUGUGCACCGCGUUGGUCGUUGUGCGCGCGCUGGACGUACUGGCACAGCCUAUUCUAUAUUCUCUACUGACGAUGCAGCUCAUGUGCUUGAUUUGCAUUUGUUUUUGAAUCGACAGUUCAAUAUAAAUGACAACAAAACCGUGGGAAUAGCGCCGCAAGAUUUGUUGGAAGAAGAACACCUUACUGUGACGGACGUCAAGAAGAGCCAUGAUAUUGCUGGUGUACUACGCACAAGUGAAAACGCAUACAAAAAGUACUUGUCAUCACGUCCAGUGGCCUCAACAGAAUCGAAUGCGCGUAUAAAGAAAAUUAAAUUUUACAGUUGUAAGCCGUUAGAUGAUUUUCUAUCUGUAAACUCGUUCUUGCAAGAUCCAAAAGAUUCUAAUGGUGAAAAGAAUGAGAAAUCAAAAGCAGAACUGGCCUCCCAAGAACGGAAAAUGCAGGAGGAGAAGCAUGAUUUGCUUGUAAAAAUGCGUAACUUUAAACCCUCUACUACCAUUUUCGAGCUUAAUCGCCAUCAAAAAUCGGUGCCAUUCACAAUAAUGAAGGAAAAGCGAUCGAAGCAUACAGAAGUGAUUGAGAAAUAUAGAAAUAAAAUGGAAGAAAUCGACAAUGAGGAAGCAAAUAAACAAUUGGAAGCAGAUGAAAAGGAAGAGGCUGAGGAAGCAGAUGCAGAUGAAAUCGAAUCAGCUUUCAACGACAUCGUUGCACCAAAGAAACGUAAAAACUUGGAAGACCUUUACAAAAACAAGAAGAAAAGGAAGAAAGUCAAUGCUAAGGAUUCUGAAAACUAUAUUCCCUACCAAUCAGCUGAUAAACACACAGAAGAUGGUCUGGCAAUUAAUUCUUUCGAGCGUCAAGCUAUGAAUGCAGAGUUCUCUGUAAUCGAUCGUGACAGCAACACAGAUUAUCGUCCCAAACCAGGCAUGAAGAAAUGGGAUCGUAUCAAGAAGAAAAUGGUUUCUGUACAAGAUCCACGUGCUGGUAAAAUACGCACAGAAUCAGGUGCAUGGAUUCCAGCAUCCUUUAAGACAGGCCGUUACAGUGAUUGGAAGGAGAAAUCUAAGAUUGAAGAACAACUACAACGAGAAAAUGGCAGCGAUGAUGAUGGCUUUAAGCCCCUUUCGCAUGACCAGCGAUACCCUGUUGGUCGACAUGCUCGUCAUAAUGCUAAGGUGGCCGCUAAGAAACGAGUUGGUGGUGGUGAUAGUGAGCUGCGCCAUCCAGAGCAGAUUGUGAAGGCACGCAUGCGCUUGGAGUUCAUUAAGAAACGUAACGCCGAUAAUGCGAUACGGAAAGCGGAGAACCGAAAACGUAGUAUGCGAAAGAAUCAACGGGUCAAGCAAAAGAAGGGUGGCAAAAAGUAAAAGGUUUAGUAGGUUAAGCUAGAUAACGUUUGUCUAUUGUUUCGUAUAAAUGGAUAUAUACAUAAAUAUGUACAUAAGCCACAAAAUAUUUUUUGUAUAAUAAUAAAGCAUAUUCUUAAAUGAAAAAAAU